AUGUCGGUCAAGUCUGUAGAGAGGAGGUUUAGAACAGAAGUUCAUAGAAACAAGGGCGACUUUCUCCUUACCUAUCAUGGAGAAUUAAUCACAGGAGAAGAAGGCAAUAAAAGAGAACUAAUCAUCGAUUCUACCCUGGAAGUCAAAAGUGGUCAGUUCUUGGGUCGACUUGUUAAUCAUGGCAAAGGCAAAGAACAAAACUGCAAAAUGAAAUGCAUAGAGGUCAAUAAAAAACCAUACCUAUGCUUAUUUGCUCAAAGAGACAUUCAGACAGGAGAGGAGCUUCUUUAUGACUAUGGUGUGUCUGAUCUACCAUGGAAGGUUAGUUAUAUCAUAUACAUCAUAUUUAAUAAAUAGAUGAUGCCAUUAUCAUGAAGAAGCACACAUGAAUGGAUGUCAAACUACUAACAUAACUUUUGUCAUUAAACAGCUUAUGGCUUUUCGCUAACAUAAUUGUAUCCUCAACUAGAAAUGGCGCGGCAGAGGCCGACGCGUAUCCCCACGCCGAAUGUUUGACCUAGGUGUGCCCCAGGGUUGGUAAUGGGGCCAUGCAUAGCUGAGAUUGACCGUAUUGUCAUAAGAGAAGUUCAUCAUCAAUUAGAAGUGAAUUGGUGUAGAAAUGAAGAAGUUAUAGUAAAAGGCAAUUUUGGGUGGGUGUGUGACAUAUGUGGGCAGGGCGCCCCAGGGCUGGUAAUGGGGCCAUGCAUAGUUGAGAUUGACCGUAUUGUCAUAAGAGAGGUUCAGUAUCAAUUUGAAGUGAAUCGGUGUAGAAAUGAAGAAAUUAUAGUAAAAGGCAAUUUUGGGUGGGUGUGGUCUAUGUGGGCGGGGCGCCCCAGGGUUGGUAAUGGGGCCAUGCAUAGUUGAGAUUGACUGUAUUGUCAUAAGAGAAGUUCAAUAUCAAUUUGAAGUGAAUCGGUGUAGAAAUGAAGAAAUUAUAGUAAAGGCAAUUUUGGGUGGGUGUGGUCUAUGUGGGCGGGGCCCCAGGGUUGGUUAUGGGGCCAUGCAUAGUUGAGAUUGACCCUAAUGUCAUAAGAGAAGUUCAGUAUCAAUUUGAAGUGAAUCCGUGUAGAAAUGAAAAAAUUAUAGUAAAUGGAAUUUUUUGGUGGGUGUGGCCUAUGUGGGCGGGCGCCCCAGGGUUGGGAUUGGGGCCAUGCAUAGUUGAGAUUGACCCUAAUGUCAUAACAAAAGUUCAGUAUCAAUUUGAAGUGAAUCCGUGUAGAAAUGAAAAAAUUAUAGUAAAUGGAAAUUUUUGGUGGUCGUGGCCUAUGUGGGCGGGGCGCCCCAGGGUUGGGAAUGGGGCCAUGCAUGGUUGAGAUUGACCGUAUUGUCAUAGGUGAGGUCCAGUAUCAAUUUGAAGUGAAUCGGUGUAGAAAUAAAGAAGUAAAUGUAAAAUAACCUAAAAAAAUGAGUGAUAAUUUCUGACGCGGCCCCACCCCAACCCCUAUAACUUUUGACCCAGGGGUCAGAUCAAAAUUCCAAAUAGUGCAGGGUCGCACAUAUGCUCAUAGCUACCAUGUGUGUAAAUUUCAAGGUUCUAGUGCUUUUAGUGUAGGAGGAGAUAGUGGCCAGGACAGACGGACGGACGGACGGCGGAGAUCACCACAAUAUCCCCACCUUUUUUUCAAAAAGCGUGGGGAUAAAAACAGCUGUUAACCCUUUGCAUGCUGGGAAAUGUGUCUCCUGCCUUAAUUCAUCUGCUGAAUUUCAAAAACUAGCAUUUUCUUAGAGUUUUUUUCAUAGAAUAUUAUUAGAAUAGCAAACAGUUUGGAUCCUGAUGAGACGCCACAUUCUUAUUUUUUCCCUGUAACAAAAAGGAAAGAGCAUUUAUACAUUUGUAUUUGGUAUCUACAUGUAGCGUCUCUAACUGGUCCACUAUCAGGAUUGUUUAAAUAAUGCCCCUUUGGUUAAAAUUUGCUCCUUCCUUGGAGAUCACAUCUAUUACAAAAAUUUAUGAGCUAUCAGAUUCAUCUUAUGUUCCAAGUUAAUCAACCCCACAAAUCAAUAAGAGUUCAGCAAUCUUUAUUAUAGCUGUUGACAUCAAGUGAGCAAUAUUGGGCGGCUUUUUUAUGUCCCCCACUAUAGUAGUGGGGGACAUAUUGUUUUUGCCCUGUCUUUUGGUCUGUUGGUUGGUUGGUUGGUUUGCGCCAACUUGAACAUUUUGCAAUAACUUUUGCUAUAUUGAAGAUAGCAACUUCAUAUUUGGCAUGCAUGUGUAUCUCAUGAAGCUGCACAUUUUGAGUGGUGAAAGGUCAAGGUCAGAGGUCAAAUAUAUGUGGCCAAAAUCACUCAUUUUAUGAAUACUUUUGCAAUAUUGAAGAUAGCAACUUGAUAUUUGGCAUGCAUGUGUAUCUCAUGGAGCUGCACAUUUUGAGUGGUGGAAGGUCAAGGUAAUCCUUCAAGGGCAAAUAUAUGGGUCAAAAUUGCUCAUGUAAUGUCACUUCUGCAAUAUUGAAGCUAGAAAUUUUAUAUUUGAAAUGUGUGUGUAUCUCAAGGAGCUGCACAUUUUGAGUGGUGAAGGGUCAAGGUCAUCCUUUAAGGUCAAACGUCAUAUAGGGGGACAUUGUGUUUCACAAACACAUCUUGUUGGACCUUUUGUUUAGUCUUGUGUUAUCUGGUACCUUUUAUAAAAUCAAUAUUAAGUUACUUUUGCAAUAAUUUGUAGGAAAAGAAAGCCAAUGGUAUGUUUAGUUUACAGUUUUGAAUGGAUGUAAUGAUACUUUGAAUGGUAAUAUUGGGAAGUAAGUAGGUAAAUAUUCUUGUUUAGAUUGUCUAAUUAUUGAGUAAGCCAAUCUUGUGAAAUACAAUUUAGCAGAACGUUCAAAGAAAAUUAGUUUUUAUGGCCAACUUUGCAUCAUGGUUGUCAGUUUUUUUUCAAGGCUGAUAAAUAGUUUGAUAAUUUCAAUACUGUCAAAAGUAUGCAAAUGAUAGUUGGCACACAUAUUCAUGUACAUCUCUUAUAAAAAAA